UUCUUUUUUUUUCCGUUUAAUAGGGUCCUACGUUGUGACAGGCUUGCACCAUGCGUGAGUACAAGCUAGUCGUUCUUGGCUCAGGAGGCGUUGGAAAGUCUGCUCUGACUGUACAAUUUGUCCAAGGAAUUUUUGUUGAGAAAUAUGAUCCUACAAUAGAAGACUCGUAUAGAAAGCAAGUUGAAGUAGAUGCCCAACAAUGUAUGCUUGAAAUCUUGGAUACUGCGGGAACGGAGCAAUUCACAGCAAUGAGGGAUUUGUACAUGAAAAACGGGCAAGGCUUCGCCUUAGUUUACUCCAUCACAGCACAGUCCACAUUUAAUGACUUACAAGAUCUGAGAGAACAGAUUCUUCGCGUUAAAGACACUGAUGAUGUUCCAAUGAUUCUGGUCGGCAACAAAUGCGACUUGGAAGAUGAAAGAGUUGUAGGAAAGGAACAAGGUCAAAAUCUAGCAAGACAAUGGAACAACUGUGCAUUCUUAGAAUCCUCUGCAAAAUCAAAAAUAAAUGUUAAUGAGAUCUUUUAUGACCUAGUGCGGCAAAUUAACAGAAAAACUCCAGUGCCUGGGAAGGCUCGCAAAAAGUCGUCAUGUCAGCUGCUUUAAUAGACAGAAUGCAUUGUAGCUCUGAGCCAGGUGUGAAGAACUGUUGCCCAAUUCAGCAGUGCCAGCAUUCCAACUUUGUUAAACCUACCGACAUCUUACAUGGACUUUCCUGUGGUGGUACCCUUUAAGAGGCGGAUGAAAGCUACUAUAUAGUUUGCACAUUCUAAUCACUUUCCAGUAUCACGAGAGAGGUUUCUUCUUCUUUACUAGU